UCGAAAGAGUGUCAUCGCUAAUCGAUACCAUAACAACCCAAUCUCCACGUGCAGCGAUGGAAUUAAAAAAAAUGAAACCUUUAAAAGACGAAAAUGUGGCUGAAACAUCGACAGAUGAACAGCCCAGAAAGCGGAGAAAUCCUUUCAACACACAGCGCCUGAAGGAGGAGAAAGAGCGGCGCCAGAAAAAGCGUGCGCGCCUUAUCAUCCGCAACAUUAGCUACAAAUCCACAGAGGAGUCACUGCGAGAGCACUUCGCGAAGUGGGGAACACUAGAAGACGUGAACAUAUUAAAGCGAGGCGAUGGAAAGUUGGUCGGGUGCGCCUUUGUCCAGUAUGAGACCAUCAAUCAGGCCACCAAGGCAAUACUGCACUCCAAUGGAAAGGAGCUUCAGGGGCGGAAGGUGUUUGUGGAUUGGGCGCUGGGUAAGGAUGAGUACGUGGCCAAGCAUCCAAAGAGUGAAGAACCAGAGGAGAAAAAGCCCAAGGUUGAGGUCAAAGAAGAAAAUGGAGAAACCAUUGACCUGGACUCCAAAGAGGAAGUAAAAGAUGAGGAAGACAAUUCCGAAGAAGAAUCCGACGCUGAUGAGGAUGAGGACGAUGGUGGUGAUGAUGAGGAGGAUGAUGACGAUGAGGAUGAUAGCGAGGGUCCCGAAGAGGAAGCAGAAAGCGAUGAGGAUGUAAAAGAUGACAAAGACGAAUUAAAAUCCAAGUUAAAAAUUGAAAAUGUCAAAAAAGAAAAAGUCAUCUCCAACGACGUGCAAGAAGGCUGCACGGUUUUCAUCAAGAACGUACCCUUUGAUGCCGAGGAUGCAGAUCUGCGCAAGGUGUGCCGCAAGUUCGGAGUGGUCAGCUAUGCCAUUAUCAAUCGUCAGGCCGUUUCUGGUCACUCCAAAGGCACAGCAUUUGUUAAGUUCAGGGCCAAGGAAUCUGCCGAUCUCUGCCUUCAGGCGGGCACAGAAUUCAAGCUCAUGGACGAGAUAUUGGAUCCCCAUCCAGCGUUGAGUCGCGAUGAGAUGAAGACAAAGCAGUCGGAGCAGGAAAAGAAAGAGGACUCUGGCAAGGAUUCCAGAAACCUGUAUUUGGCGAGAGAAGGUCUUAUCAUGUCGGGAUCCAAGGCAGCAGAUGGGGUGUCCGCCUCCGACAUGGCGAAGCGCCACGAACUAGAACAAGUGAAGACUCAGGUGCUCAAGAACUUGAACAGAUUUGUGUCUCGAAAUCGCUUAUCCAUUCACAACCUGCCCCAGCACUACGACAACGAGAAGCUAAAACAAAUGGCACAAACCUAUACUGGAUUCCGACCCCACGAGUGUCGUGUGAUGCGCGAGCAGAAGAUCACUCCCGAGCACCCGCAGGGCAAAUCUAAAGGCUUUGGUUUCCUGUCAUUUGACACGCACCAGAGGGCUUUGGCGGCUCUCCGAAAGUUAAACAAUAAUCCAAAAGUAUUUGGAACUCAGCAUCGCCCAAUUGUGGCCUUCAGUAUCGAGGAUCGGGCUGUGCACAAAAUAAAGGAGAAGCGCACCGAGCGUUCCAAGCUAAACAAUCCCACCUUCCAAGCCAAGCAACAGCAGCGAAAGGAGCGGCGUCAGCAGAAGCGUAAUGGCCAGAAAGCUAAACCAAUCGGUCCCCAGACCGAUAACAAGGCCAAGCUUCAGAAACACAUUAAAAAACUGGAGGCGACUCGGGCAGCCAAGGCCGAGGGCAAGCAAACGGAUAAGAAGAAACCAAGUGACGUUCAGGGCGAUUAUGUGGGUACAGCAUCCAAGCCAGGCACUUCGUUAAAAAUGCGAUCCAAGAAGAAGAUCGUGGAGCAGGCGAAGGAGCAUUUGAAGCGAGUAAAAACCGAGAAGCGCAAGCAGAAGAACAAGAAGAUCCGCGAGACCCACCUGGCCGAAAGAAAGGCUGACAACCGGCCCAAACAGGGUCGCAAAAAGGAGAAGGAUGACCUGCGACCCCUAAUCAACAAGUACAAGAAUAUGAUUAGUGGAAAUCAGGGUGGCGGCGGUGUCAAGGGUGUUACGAGUGGCAAAGUCAAAAAACCCAAGCGUACAAAGUGGUACACUGAGUAAAGUUUUCCCCGAUUAGAUUAAGAAAUGACAUUUUAGCAAUAAAACUGUAAAUGUGAAAAUAA